AAUAAACAAUUAAAACAAUAUUGAUAAGACAAAAUGGAUUUUGUGGUUUUUGACGAACUAUAAUAUUGUUAUCUGUUUAUUUUGAAAAUUUUGUCGGACAACUUUAACGACCCGUCAUUAUUCCGUAAACGCGUAGUGAAAGUUUCCUUAAAAUGAAACACAGAUUCGAUUUAGACUUAAAUGCACUAUGUAGACUAUGUCUUAAUAAAGGACCUGAACUUCGUCCAAUCUUUGAUUUCGAUGUAAAUUUCUCGUACCUUAUCGAAUCAUGUGUGGGACUAGAAAUACACCAGUAUGAUCCGGGUCCAACCCAAAUAUGCAUCGACUGUUUGACUAAUUUGGAAAAUUGGGAAGGAUUUAAACAAAAAUGUAUCUCUGCAAAUGAAAGCAUUCAAGAAUACCUCAAGCAAUUAGAAGAGGAUACAUUCAUUGAAACUGUAAACAAAAUUGAAAAGUUUGACAGUCAACUAGAACCUGAGGAACACAAUGAUAAUUAUGACAGUACGUUCAAUAAUGAAUCAAACAGUCAAGAUUCUGAUAAUGAUUCUUUAAAGUCUAAGUCGCCAAUUUCAAUAACAGCUCAUGAAGUGUACCCAAGAUUAGUUAAAAGGGAUGGAAAAGUUUCAGAUGUGACCAACAUAACUAUAAACAGGAAAAAACGUUAUGAAUGCGCGUUAUGUCCUUUUAUAAAUUUUACCCAAAAAGAAUCAUUGUAUGAUCAUCUAAUUGAUAGCCAUAGUUUAGAAGAAAAUAACACUCCACAUUAUUGUCUAAUAUGCAAUAAAGGAUAUUGUAGUUUUAAAAUAUACCAAGAGCAUUUGACUGCCGAACAAGAACUACACGGCAGUAUUCAAAUUCAGGAUAAAAUCAAAGAUUGCACUUUUGGCUGCGGCUUGUGUAGCUGUAAAUUCGGCCGGUCAACCAGUCUUUACCGGCACCUCAGGAACCAUGCUUUGAAAAAAGAUCUCAUGCCAUAUGUUUGUUCGUUCUGUCAAGUAGGAUUUCUGGACAAGCACAGUCUUUACCUGCACGCGUCGACCGAUCAUCACGCCGCGUCCGUUGCCGUCAACGAACCGGACGAGGAACAUAACGGGCGACCAUCGCCGGCGUACCGUUCGAACGCGGACGAGUGUGCGGAGAACCGGGUGACGGCGACCGUGGAGGACGCGGACGCGGUGCGUGGGGACGGUUGCAUGUACGCGAUCACCACGAAGCGCAGGAUCAAGAAGCUGAGGACGGUGGAGGACAAGCGGGCCAAGUACCGCGAGCACUACCGGCGGUUCCAGUCCAAGACGUACACGUGCGAGUUCUGUGACGGCGUGUCAUACUCGCGGUUCUGCGACCUGUCCAACCACGACCGGACCGCGCACGACGACAUGGCCAAGGAGUUCAGCUGCCCGACGUGCGGCAAGCUGUUCCUAACGGACAGCCGGCUGCAGAUCCACCGAAACGCAUUCCACGCGGAGAAGGCGUUCAGCUGCGACGUGUGCCACGUGCGAUGCAAGUCCAAGCACACGUUGCGCACGCACAUGCGCAAGCACAGCGGCGUGUUCGCGUGCCCGUACUGCCAACUGACCACGGCCAGCAACGCGGCGCUGGUGUCGCACGUGCGCGUGCACACCGGAGAGAAGCCGUUCGUGUGCGACAUGUGCGGCAACUCGUACGCGUCCAAACUGGGCCUCACGUCCCACAAGCGCACCCACCUGCACGAGGCGCUGUUCAAGUGUAACGUGUGCGGUUACACCGGGUCCAGCCACAGUUCCAUCUAUAUACACCGGCAGACGCACAACUCGGACAAGCCGUUCGUGUGUGACGUGUGCGGCAAGACGUUCAAGAUCAAGGUGCGCCUGGUCGACCACCAGAAGAUCCAUUUCGCCGCCAAGAACUUCGUGUGCGAAGUGUGCAACAAGGCGUUCCUGGCCCGGUACCAGCUGGUGCAGCACUCGCGCACCCACUCGGGCGAGAAGCCGUUCCCUUGCCAUCUGUGCGACAAGUCGUUCGCGCGGCGCGACGGCCUUUCCGAGCACAUCAGGACGCACACGGGCGAGAAGCGAUAUACGUGUCCCGAGUGCUUCGCCACGUUCUCGUUCUACAAGACCAUGAAGAAUCACAAGUGUACCGUCGCGAGUAAGCAGCAGCAAGACGACCGCUUACCGGCCACACCGCCAAUCAAAGGGCCGUCUACCUCUCAGCCAACUUCAACGGCCGAUAGCGCUCCAUCGGUGACCGCGGACUGUUGUCCGUCGUACACGGCGCUUCCUAUCCUACAGGUAGACCACGUGUCCUCCGCUUAUCCCGCCGGCAGGCAACCCAGUUAAAUUCCUGACGUUUUAUCUGCACAGAUUACCUAUCGUAUUAUAACCAUACCUUACAGGGUGUUCGAUAAGCGUGUGCCCGACUCCCGUUAUCGCGUCAAUCACCCAACCGACCGUCGGUUACAAUUUCGUCUCAAUAAAUAUUUCCAUUUUCACAAUUUUACCAGGGCCUGAUUCAGGCAUUUUGAGGCAUUCUAAAAAAAAAAGUUCAUAAAAAUCUGAAUCCUCCUUACACGGAGGCCAUAGGAAUUUGUUUAUCCUGCUUAAUGGUAAAUAUGACCCUGAAUUUUACUGUAUAGAGAUAUUUCUCCUUGAGAACCUAUCCUUGUUUAAAGAUAUUAUUUUAUAAUACUAAAUAUGCACUAAAAUAAUAUAUUAAACGAUUACAUAUAAUUUGUAAAUAAUUUUUAGUCACGCGUACAUGAAAGAUUAAUUUGCAAUGCGAUGGAAAGUGACAAUUUUCCGCCCAGAGGACGGAAUAGAUUUCUUCUUGGCCCACCAUUGUGUUAUUCAUUACCUUUUUCGCAUUUUCGCAGUAAUAAAAAAGUAUGACGAAAAAAAUUACCUUUGUGUAAUUCGUGUGUGAAAAAAAUAUCAGCCUUGAACGAAAUACAGCUCUUGCCUGCAGCAGAAAUUUCUCGUUUCCAGCCUUUGCCACACAAGGUAAUAUUUUAUCAGAGAAGUGACUUAUAGGCUUUUAUAACAUACCAAUAGAUUUUCUGGUCCGUGUCUAUUUACAGUUUUUUAGUUAUAGUAUUCGUUUAAAUAGCAUUCAUAUAAUACACACCCACACUUAUCGAACUCCUAUUUACAUAUCUUCAGAAGAACUAGGACCCAUACCAAUGGCCACAAAUGGUGACUCAUUGUUUUUUUUGAUGGUUUUAAAAUUAUUUAAUCUUCGCAUGGUUAAUCAUCAAUCAUCAUAUUAAAUAUUUUAUGACGGUGAAAAACCAUUGGUUAAUUUUUUAACAUUAUAACAAUAAUAUAACGAAUCCCAACAAUUUAAGUGUCCAUAUCCAUAUCCAUAUUUCAUCAUAAACUCACGUGAGGUAAAAUCAUUUCUAGUGUGUAGGUACAGAAGUUGUUUUCGAAGCACAUAAUUUCCGCGUGUGAUAUUCUGAUUUCCUAUCUUGUUCUAUAACAGUAAUAUUACUUUACACGACAGAAACGUCACUUAAGGAAUCUUAAUUUAUCUGAACUACUUACCUCAAAGUGUUUUGCAAACUUUCCAUUUGUCUUCCAAUUUCUUAUUAUUUGUAUCUAUUAAUACUAUACAUAUUUAAGUUAAAAAAAUAUUAUUACCAUUCACCUAAUAUGCCAUUUUAUAUUUCUCGAAUCACUUGAGAUAAAUUCAAAAAAUGGAACAUUGUUUGAAAUAAAACAUUAUUAUUUAAUUAUUAAAAGAUUAUAUGAGAACAUAAAAACUGAUAUCCUAAAUCCAUCGACUACGGUACACUACCUCUUUUAAUCACCUUUAAAUAUAAUAGUCUUCCUUUUUCAUGAGAAGCACAUCUUUUAAUGUCGCUCUUAACAAUUUGUUUGAUUUCCGAUAAUGUUUUUUCUACAUGAAUGUUUUCUGCAUGUCGAAACUUAGAGAUUUAUAAUUUAUUUAAUUAUUU